AGCAUUUCGGAUACGAUUCCAAUGUCUAUUAUCGAGACAUGGCUUCAAGGCUACCAUGAAGCUGAAAAUAAGCAAGGCCUGGUAGCACCAAAAUCAUAGACUUUGAGCCUCAAGGUGUGAGUACUGUUCAAGUAUAAAGAUAUCUGCUUUUCCCACCAAAGUUAUCAUUAUCAUCUCAUCAACACAGCUUCAAACAACAGUACAAUCUUCUCUUAUCUCUUCUCUAAUUCCAUUUCCUUGGAACACUCGCUCUUCCAACUUCAAAAUCUAAUCUUCUACUCAACCAACCAACCAACCCCAAACCUCAACUUUCAAAAUGAAGACCACCUCCGCUGUCGCUUUCGCUCUCUUCGGCGCUGCCCUCUCCGCCCCAUCUCUCAGGGAGCGCCAGGUCCCCACCGUCACCCUCUCUCUCAUCAACGACCAGAGCGGUGCCAACGCACCAGCGACCGUCAACGCCGACGGCACAGUCUACACUAUUCCUUCUCUCUUCUCGGGAUCCCGCGUCGACAACGCCGGUAACAUCCUCGCCAGCAGCGCCCAGCUCGUCAAGUUCCCCACCGAUGUCUACUGCAGCUUCAACGCUCCCGGCAAGACCGUCAACAUCAACAGCCGCCAGACCUGGGUCGAUCUCGACCUCACUCCUGGUGCUGUCCCAGUCAACCUCAAUGGCUUCACCUUCACCUGCAAGACUGCUUAAACGAUUCUUCACGAUCGAUUGCUGAAGGGGUGAUGGGUGCUAGUAUGGGUGGGAGAUUGGACAGUCCUUACAUUAAUACGAUCAUUUCAGGACAAUCACAGAUAUUUGCAUAGCGCUUUGGGGCUUGGGUUUUUAAAUUCUAAUACUUGGGUUUUGCAUUUACGACAUAAACUUUACUUCUACAUACACUCCUUGAGAAUAAUUAAAACCAAUUUUUGGAUCUAC